AUGGGGAGCUGCGCGCGGCUGCUGCUGCUCUGGGGCUGCUCCGCGGUGGCCGCAGGGCUGAGUGGAGUAGCUGGAAUGAGUUCCCGCUGUGAGAAAGCCUGUAACCCUCAGAUGGGAAAUUUGGCUUUAGGGAGAAAACUCUGGGCAGACACCACCUGUGGUCAGAAUGCCACUGAGCUGUACUGCUUCCACAGCGAGAACACUGAUCUGACUUGUCGGCAGCCCAAAUGUGACAAAUGCAAUGCUGCUCAGCCUCACCUGGCUCACCUGCCAGCUGCCAUGGCAGACUCGUCCUUCAGGUUUCCUCGCACGUGGUGGCAGUCUGCUGAGGAUGUGCACAGAGAAAAGAUUCAGUUAGACCUGGAAGCUGAAUUCUACUUCACUCAUCUAAUUAUGGUGUUCAAGUCCCCCAGGCCGGCAGCCAUGGUGCUGGACCGGUCCCAGGACUUUGGGAAGACAUGGAAGCCUUACAAGUACUUUGCAGCUAACUGCUCGGCUACUUUUGGCCUGGAAGAUGAUGUUGUCAAGAAGGGAGCUAUUUGCACUUCUAGAUACUCCAGUCCCUUCCCGUGCACUGGAGGAGAGGUUAUUUUCAGAGCUUUGACACCACCAUUUGACAUGGAGAACCCUUAUAGUGCCAAAGCGCAGGAGCAGCUGAAGAUCACCAACCUUCGUGUGCAGCUGCUAAAACAACAGUUUUGUCCCUGUCAGAGAAAUGACCUGAAUGCAAAGCCUCAACAUUUUACACACUAUGCGAUCUAUGAUUUCAUCGUCAAGGGCAGCUGCUUCUGUAAUGGCCAUGCUGAUCAAUGUGUACCUGUUGAUGGCUUCAGACCUGUCAAGGCCCCAGGAGUAUUCCACGUGGUCAAUGGGAAGUGUAUGUGUAAACACAACACAGCAGGCACUCACUGCCAACAUUGUGCACCAUUGUACAAUGAUCGCCCCUGGGAGGCAGCUGAUGGCAAAACAGGAUCUCCUAAAGAGUGCAGAACCUGCAAGUGCAAUGGACAUGCUGAUGCCUGUCACUUUGAUAUUAAUGUGUGGGAGGCAUCAGGGAAUCGCAGUGGUGGUGUCUGCAAUGACUGUCAGCACAACACGGAAGGCCAGCAUUGCCAGCGAUGUAAGCCAGGCUUCUACCGGGACCUCCGGAGACCCUUCUCUGCUCCAGAUGCUUGCAAAUUGUGUUCCUGCCAUCCAGUUGGAUCAGCUGUCCUUCCUUUCAGCUCAGUGACCUUCUGUGACCCCAGUAAUGGUGACUGCCCUUGCAAGCCCGGGGUGGCAGGGCCACACUGUGACAGGUGUAUGGUGGGAUACUGGGGCUUCGGAGACUACGGCUGCAGGCCCUGUGACUGUGCAGGGAACUGCGACCCUCUCACAGGAGAUUGCAUCAGCAGCACAGACAUAGACUGGUAUCAUGAAAUUCCUGACUUCCAUUCCACGCAUAAUAAGAGUGAAUCAACCUGGGAGUGGGAGGAUGAGCAAGGAUUUUCUGCACUUCGACAUUCAGGUAAAUGUGAAUGUAAGGAACAGGUUUUGGGAAACUCCAAGGCAUUCUGUGGAAUGAAAUAUUCAUAUGUGCUAAAAAUAAAGAUUUUAUCAGCUCAUGAUAAAGGAUCUCAUGCUGAGGUCAGUGUGAAGAUUAAAAAAGUCUUAAAAUCUACCAAAUUGAAAAUUUUACGAGGAAAGCGAACAUUAUAUCCAGAAUCAUGGACUAAUAGAGGCUGCACUUGUCCAAUCCUCAAUCCUGGUUUGGAGUACCUUGUAGCAGGACAUGAGGAUGUAAGAACAGGCAAACUAAUUGUGAAUAUGAAAAGUUUUGUUCAGCGCUGGAAACCAUCUCUUGGUAGAAAAGUCAUGGAUAUUUUAAAAAGAGAGUGCAAGUAG